UUAUUAAAGGGUAAAGAUCACAAACUUGGACCAAAAGUCUCGGUAUCAGAUCCGAUCUGAUCCGUUUUCUAACUGGGGGAUUAGAACCAAUGAACACGUGUGGUUUUACACAUGAGUACGAUUUUGUUCUGAGUUUGUGUGAGAGGUCAGAGGUUUGGUGUUGAAGUGCUUUAAGAGAAAGUGUGUUGACGUGUGAGAUCUGAUGAUGAUGAUGAUGGUGCUCCAGAGGGUACGUUGCUGCGAUCUCACAGCUCCAGGUUUUGUUCCUGAUCUCAGGAUACUGUGUGUGGAGUUGCACAUGUUCUCCACAUGUCUGUGUCGGGGUUCCUCAGGGUUCUCCGGCUUCCUCCAACCUUCCAAAUACAUUCCAGUAGGUGGACUGGCUACAGCGAAUUGCCUGUGUGUUUGUCAUACCCAGUAUUCCUGGGAAAGACUCUGGGUCCACUGACACCAUAAGCAGGAUACGAUUCUUCUUCUUCUUCUGAUUUAUUUACCCUGAUCGAGAGCUGAAAGCUGCCAUGCUGCAUUGUUAACUAAGACUAUAGUUGGUUCUUCAUGUUGUCGCAAGGUUCUGUGUAGAACCCGACAACACAGGGUUCGCUGUUCAGAAAAGGUUCUGAGUAAAACUCCUUCAGAACGUUAAACUGAAACUGUUUGCUGCUCCAAGAACUCAUGAUGAGCUUCGUUGUUUUUACAGAGAGCCAUGAUUUAUGGUUAACAGAUGAAUGUUGACACGCACACACACAGACAGAUCUGGCAGUUCUCCGAGAGAGAGAGAGAAUGUGUUUAUGUGGUGUUUCAUAAAUCCUCAUGCCCGAGUGUGCAUGGUAGAACAGGUUCAAACAAACACACACACAAUCACGAUGGUGAACUCUGUGACAGCAAGCUGCUAAACUCAUAAGCAGAGGGAAGGAAGAGAAGAGGAAAGUCAUCCCUUGUUGUGGGUUGACGAGUGUUUUCUGCGUCGUCAUGACGAUCUGAACAAUAGCCAAGGCGUUUGGGAGUCUCCUCCAUGCAGUCGUGCUACAGCUAAGAUGGAGGAGCAGAAUGAAGGUGUUCAGUUUGGGGAGAAUAAAUACAUCAGCAAGAGCAGCAUCCUUGCCCACCUGAAGACCUAUAACCUCUAUUAUGAAGGACAAAACCUGCAGCUGAGGCACAGAGAAGAAGAAGGUGAGCUGAUCGUUGAGGGUCUCCUGAACAUCUCUUGGGGUCUGCGGCGACCAAUCAGAUUGCAGAUGCAGGAUGACAACGAGCGAAUCAGACCACCUCCCUCAUCUACAUCCUGGCACUCGGGCUGUAACCUGGGCAACCAGAGCGCUGAGGCUCAGAAGCAAGCUCCGCCCUCCAUCGAGGUGAUCCCGCCUGAGAGCCAAUCGGAAAACAGAACGAUGAACGAAAACAAAACCGAGGAGGAGGAAGACGCCUGCUCUCAGCUGCUGAGGACCAAAAGUGAUGCGGGUGUUUUGAGGCGGGGUAACAAGCGGUCUCCUAGCGACCAGCGGCGAAUCAGAAGGCACCGUUUCUCCAUCAACGGCCACUUUUACAACCACAAGACAGCGGUGUUCACUCCUGCGUACGGCUCUGUUACUAACGUACGGAUAAACAGCUGCAUGACGACUCCGCAGGUGCUGCGUGUUUUACUCAACAAGUUUAAGAUUGAGAACAGUCCUGAUGAUUUUGCGCUCUACAUUGUCCAUGCCAGUGGAGAGCGAGUUAAACUGAAGCCCACAGAUCACCCACUAGUGCUGAGGAUCCUACAGGGUCCGUGUGAGCAGGUCUGCAGGAUCUUCCUCAUGGAGCAGGACCUUGGAGAGGAGGUCACGUAUGAUGUGGCACAGUACAUCAAAUUUGAGAUGCCGGUGCUUCAGAGUUUCAUCACCAAACUGAAAGAGGAGGAAGAUCGAGAGGUGCAGAAGCUCAAACGCAGGUACAAGUAUCUGCGCUUCAUCAUUGAGAAGCAGCUGCAGUGUUUACCGGACGGUUCCACCUCCGUGUGAAGAAGUUCCUACGCCUGCGACAUCAGUCCUCAUCCCUCCGUCAGUCCUCACACUCCUGAUGUGCUCUUCACGUCCCUGCUUCAGACACGGAGCCCGAGCUCAGCACGUCUCCUCGAUGUAGUCCGUCCUAACGUGGCUCGCUAAAGCCAGUCUUUUCAAUUAUAUGGAGUUGAUGGUACUUAUUACCUUAUCACUGUCUGAAACAUUGUCCGCUUUCGUCACGCAGAAGGAUGGUCCGGGUGGUGUUCGGCGUUACGGUUGACCAGGAAGUGUUCAGGGUUUUAUUAGAAGAUUCAGGAUUUUAAGACUGAAAAGAUUGUCGUCAGCGCUUCCUUUUUCUGCAUUUCCAAACUGCUUUCGAGACACACCCUCGCCGACGUCCACUUACAACUCGUACGUACAGAGGGAAUGGAUUUCUCAAUACGAACACUUUGGAAAUCGGUUUUCUAAUUAGCUAGCUUGCCGACUAGCGAAGAAAUUCACACAGUUAACUUGCAAGUUUUCCGCGCUAACUAUGCAAACAGGAAUGAUCCCGAGUCGUAUUCAUGCACCGUUAUUAUUUUAACGUAAUCUACAAUGCUAAGAAGCUAGCUGGCUAAAAUUAGCUUAAACAAAACAGAUAAACAGCAAAAGGAAGCAAGCGCUUUACUUUUGAUUUAUUUUGAUUUUUACGUACAAAAAAUAGAGCUAGCAAAUUAGACAGGUAACAUUACCUGACUAGCUAAAAUUGCUCUAUGGUAAGGAAACAAGAUCAGCUAGCUAGAUAGAAAAGUAGCGAAUUUGCUCCAAGUUAAAGAAAAAAAAAAAACAAGAAUUGGACGUACUGGAGCUUUACAAUCCUUACACUUAAACAACCUUUUUGUGGUAUGUUAAUUAGCUGGCUAGAAAUAAAUUGUCAACUGUCAUAUAUUUUUUUCAAGUAGUCUAUUUUAAUAACGAAAUUUGUAAAGAUUCCUCUUUUUUUUUGCUGUUAAAGAUACGUUCUUGAGUUCUACCAACUGACGCCAUCUAAUAAACUUCACCUCUGUGACAUGAUAAAGAAACGGCUCUCGAAAUGGCCCGCGACACCAAUUCGUCCAAAAGGAAGUCGACGAGGGUGUGUGGGAAACGGUAUUGGAACGCAGCCAUUGUUUUGUUUUGAAGUGCACAUGCUAUCGCCCCCUAGAGGCACAAAAUGGAAACGCUUCCUUCCAUAUAAGAAGACUCAAUAAUAAGCACAAUAUAACUCCCUUUCCCCCUCUCUCUCUCUCUCUCUCACACACACCUUUGCUGAAAGAGUCAUGUUUCGCAACAAUCUCAGUCUCUAACAUGUGAUGUGUUAAAGUGUAGGAUGUAGUUAUUUUUGUUGGAAAGCUGGACAUGUUAUUACUCUGUUAUUAACUAAAGCACAAGCUGCUGGAGGUGUGUGAGAAGAUUGUGGAUAUGAUCGUCCAUAAACCGAUCUGAAAUUGCUGCCUAUUCUAUUUGAGGUGCGAGUGUGCGUGCUUUUACAGAUAAUGAAUUUGUAAUGUUUUUAUCCCUUUUUUAAAUCACUUCAUUUUUUUGUUUUGUUUGUUUUUUACACUAAAUUUGUCUCCUUUUACAUUUUGGAUGCUGAUAGAAAUAUCGAUCGAGCAUUCGUCUAGUUUGUUUUAACGGUGAAGCCGAGACGAUGGAAUGCUGACAAAAUUAAAUGAAAUUGUAAAACAAAAAA